CGCGGACGUCGGCUUCUGACGCCGCCGUUGCCCCGCGCCGGCUCCCGCCGGCCCGGGCUGCCCCCGCCGGCCGUUGGGCGGCCUGCUGGAGUCGGUCCCUCAGGACCCCCGCUUCCCAGCCGCUGUCGCGGCGGCGACCCAUGUGGGGGUCACGACUGCUGAGGUCGCCGCCGCUGCUGCUGUUGCUGCCGCAGCUCGGAAUCGGAAACGCCCCGUCCUGUUUUCAGGCCAGAAGCAUGAACUCGGGCGGCUCCGGCAGCUCGCCAUGCCCCCUCGCCGCCGAGGGCCGCCGCCAGCCGUGCCUGCAGCUGUCCACGGUGCCGGGAGCCGAGCCGCAGCGAAGCAACGAGUUGCUCCUGCUGGCGCCGGCUGGGGAGGGACGGGAGCUGCCGGGCCUCCCCGGGGUCUCGGCGAAGGAGGAGCCCCAACCGCCGCCCCAGCAUCACGUCCUCUAUUUCCCCGGGGAUGUGCAGAAUUAUCAUGAAAUUAUGACUCGUCAUCCUGAGAAUUAUCAGUGGGAAAACUGGAGUCUAGAAAAUGUUGCCAGCAUUUUAGCUCACCGAUUCCCCAAUAGUUACAUUUGGGUGAUAAAGUGUUCCCGGAUGCAUUUGCACAAAUUCAGCUGCUAUGACAAUUUUGUGAAAAGCAACAUGUUUGGUGCUCCAGAACACAGCCCCGACUUCGGAGCUUUUAAGCACCUCUAUUCUUUAUUAGUGAAUGCUUUUAACUUGAGUUGUAACAGUUUGCUAUCAAAGAAUGUGAAUGUGUGGAAUAAGGACUCCAAAACAUCUAAUUGUAGACCCAAUUCUCCCACUACUAAUGGUUGCCAAGGAGAAAAAGAGAGGACCUGUGGAAAACUUAAUGAGUCUGCCAUGGAAUUUUACCCACCGUCACUAAAUGGUGCAUCAUUUACUUUGAUUGGAUUCAGUAAAGGUUGUGUUGUUUUAAAUCAGUUGAUUUUUGAAAUGAAAGAAGCCAAGAAAGACAAGAACAUAAAUGCUUUCAUUAGAAGCAUAAGAACGAUGUACUGGCUUGAUGGUGGUCACUCCGGAGGAAGCAAUACUUGGGUUACUCAUCCAGAAGUCUUGAAAGAAUUUGCACAAACAGGGAUUGUUGUUCACACCCACGUAACACCUUACCAAGUGCAUGACCCCAUGAGAUCUUGGAUUGGAAAGGAGCACAAGAAAUUUGUUCAGAUACUUGAGGAUUUUGGUAUGCAGGUGACUAGCCAAAUUCAUUUUGCAAAGGAGACUCCUUCCAUAGAAAAUCACUUCAGGGUUCAUGAGGCAUUUUGAGACCUAUAAGAAUUCUCUUGUUCUUGCCUAGAAGAAGAGCAUAAGCACUUUCAGUGAUAUAAAUUCAGACAAUGAGA